UCGAACUCCUCCCCACCGUAAACCAUUGAACAAUCUCUCCAAUGAGGUAGGCCACCGAUAAACCAGUAUCGUUUAGCCAGCUACAGCAGAUGUAGCUAACUACCCAACGACAAAUGACGAAUACUAGAUAACAAUUAAAUAUCGGGGAAACAUGGGUUAUGACCACAUGAAUUUGGCGUUAUGGUACAAGCUCACCUACGAAUAGGACAAGUGGACCACAGACAUUCAAAACAACCCCUUGACUGUUGGGAUAAUGGUGAAAUAUUUUUUUUAUGAGACAGACAUCAAAAGUACAUGGGACCAUGUUACCUCUGCAUUUUGGCAGAGGUAUCCCAAUCCAUUCAGCACUCAUGUCCUCACGGAGGACGUUGUGUUCCGGGAGGUGACGGCGGAUCAUCAGCUCCACACUCGCCGUCUCUUCACCAAGACCAAUCGGCUCCCGCGGUGGGCAGAGAGCAUCUUCCCCACCAACCUAUCACGCUGUGUUUACAUCCUGGAGGACUCUGUCGUUGACCCAGUCAGCAAGAGCUUCACCACGUACACUUGUAACCUCAACCACACAACACUGAUGACGGUGCGGGAGCGCUGCGUGUUCCAGCAGUCUGAGGAAUGGCCGCACUGCACCGAGAUCAAGCGGGAGGCGUGGAUCUCCUCUGGCAUCUAUGGCUUCUCCAGACCCAUUCAGGAGUUUGGGCUGGCCCGCUUCAAGAGCAACCAGGUGAAGGCCAUGAAGGGGUUGGAACAUGUGUUGGCCAACCAGCAUGGACUCAACUUUAGGCUCACAGUGGUGGUAAGUACUCAUGUAUGACACUAUUCUGGUCAUAAUGCAUGCCAGAGCCUUUUGUAGCUUGGUAGAAUGUUCUAGAACUCUUCCAGUAGCUGCAGUUGUAGAAUUGUCCCAGACCUUAUUGUGGGUGCACUGUGGGUACACAAUAGCUGCUAUUUUUGAGUUGCUGUAGAUAGAACCCCUCGAUUAGUUUGUUCCACUGCCUAGUUCCCAUCCAGAACAUGUUUUGUGAUGAACUGUAAUGCCACUCCUCAUAGCUGUACCAUGUUCUUGGAAACACUGUGUUCGUGCCUCAGUGGAAAUAAGCAGGAAGCACAUUUAGCAGAACAGAUGGACUAAACUCAUCUAAGUGAACUGACACCGCCUCCAUUGCAUGCAUGGCUUGAGCCGUCACAUUGACCUCUCCAUUGUCACCCUCCUGUGUUUCUGGAGGCCGUGUUGGUCAACGCUUGACACUUCUUCACCGGGACAAUGACUUCAUUUCUGUGUAUUAUUGCUUAGAUGGCUGCAAGUAAUCCUAUCCGUCUAAACAGUGGCAGUUCUAGCUUGAGUGGUGACCCUGGGUGACCCCAGUUCCCAGGAACAAAUUCUAGUAUAUAAACAUAAUACAAAUAAAGAAAAUAAUUAUUAUUAUUACCCUUUUGCUAACAAAUAACACACAAACAAAUCACACUUCACACAAAUAAGCCAAUAGAAUAGCAGAUAGAUAAGAACCUGAUUAUUACAGUACAGAUUAUUAUCACUUCCACUGAUCUGUCACUUUGAGCAUCAGUACAUUCCCCAACACUCGUCAACCAAGAGUCGAGACUGAACCAAUUAGUCUUGGUGGUGUGCAGACUGGUUUUGUAUUAUUCUUAACGAUUUUGCACAAAACUUCUGAUGCGUGCAUGAUUCUGAUGCGAGCAUUCUUCGCUCCCAAACUAGAAUCAGGGCUUUGACAAGGUCAAUCCACACGGUGACAUGAUAUCAUUGACGUGACUGUGCAAAUGAGCGAUUGAAAACCAGUCGCAUAGAGGUCACCAUUCCAAAGAAGCCCAUACCUAGAUCCGCCACUGAGUAUAUAAAUAUCAAUAUAUUAUGAUGUCUCAUGAUGUAUCACAGAUAUAUAGCACACAUAUUCUGAUUAUUAUGUCUCAUAAUGUAUCACAGAUAUAUAUCACAUAUAUUCUGAUAUAUGAUUCAGUCCUCUAUGAUGCAGUGGCAUGCCAUGAACACACUAUAGCGUGUAAGCCUCAGCAUGCUGAUCAUGUGACUGCCAUGCUGAUCAUGUGACUGCCGUGCUGAUCAUGUGACUCCCAUGCGGAUCAUGUGACUCCCAUGCUGAUCAUGUGACUCCCAUGCUUCCCAGCUAAUGGUGUUGUUGCCCACAUCAUGCAACAUGAGCAUGGGGCUGAGGCUGAGGCUGAGGCUGAGGCGGCUCCCUCUGGGAAUAACCGCUGUCUGCACCAAGUGUCUGCUCUGCUGAACUGCUGGGAUGAUGCAAACCAGAGAAAUCCUCCCCAAGUACUGGGAUUCUCUCUUCAUGUCCCAAAAAACACUAUUUGUAUGCAUUUAUGCAUUUCAGUCCAUCUUCAAAGGAGUUUUUUCUUUUUUUUUUCUUUUCCUUUUGCAAAGGCUUAAUCUGUUCUCAUGGGCCUUUGAGGUCCGGAGAUGAUGUGCUUCCCCAGAUCAUCGCACCAGUCUGUGCAUGUCCGUGGCAACCAGCUCAUCCUUAAUGCUGUUUUUGUCAUCCAGUGGAAGAGGGUGUGGUUUCUCUCUCUCUCUCUCUCUCGUAUGCCCUGCAGCUCCUCAGACGCACGGGAGGUGAGGUGGGGAGGGAAACCCCUCUGAGUGGGGGCGCUGCUUAGAGGAGAGAGGAGAGAGGAGAGAGGGGCCCUUUCACUCGCGCCUCGCGCCUCCUGCUCCUGCUCUGAGGCUCCGCUAACACAACAUCGCCUGAGGAUCCCGCGGCUCCAGCUGCUCUGGUCAGUGUUGGAGAGGAGGGUCGAGGUUGAGAGAGUUUGGGGCGGGGGGUGGGGGAAAGACCAGGCAUUAGAUACUCAUUGAGUAAUUCUACUCGCACGACAGGCGUUGGCUGUUUUAAGUUCCAGAGCUUUGUUUUUGGAGUGAUGUGCGCCGCCAGUGGUGUGACAUGUUUCUGAAGUUGAGCCUGAACAGACCCCCCUCACAGUCCCCUUCCCAGCACUCUGCUCUCCUGCACUGUCCCUCUGGCAGAGAGAUCAACUGGGGACACUUAAUGGAGCCUCCCCGCCCCUCCACCCCUCUUGCACUGGCCCUCCGCCCUCCGCCCCCUGUACUCUGUACUCUGUACUCUGUACUGUUGGUGACCUGCAUCCCUCUCUUCUUGUCUCCUUGCCCAGAACUCUGUGUCCCGAGCUCCUUAAGUGUCUGUGCUGGUUGCUGAGUGCAGGGCUUGGAGUGGAGCACGUUGACCCCACAGCCUCGGCCAGCACCAAAACCCCCCCCUCUCUACCAUAAAUAGACCCCAGCCCACACCGAAUGCCUCUGCCCUCCAGUACGGCACUUGGGCCUCUGUGUGGAGUCCACUGCCCUGCCUGUGUUGCCUGUGUCAGACCCUCCCUUUACCCCCCGUUUGUUCUGUUGAAGUGUGGACGCGUGAAGUGCAACACCACACUGAUUUGACUAAUUCAUUAGUCAUGUGAUUUAGUGUUUUACGUUUCCCUGGUUGUGUGAUUCAGUUGUUCAUCAGUUCUGUUCC